AUGUCAUACAAUACUGUCUGUGAUUUUGGUAUCUCUGCGGAGCUGGUCGAUAGCCUUGCCCAGAGUAAUGUCGGUACCCAAAAUUAUCUCGCUCCCGAACGGAUCAGUCCCAGGGAGCGCUCUGGUUAUCGGAUCCAGUCUGAUGUCUGGUCACUCGGCCUGAGUGUUCUUGAGAUGGCUAUUGGAGAACAUCCUUAUCCUAAGACGGUGGAUUUUUUUCAUCAGCUAGAUCAGGUACAUGGUAAUCGCGUCUGUAAAGAAAUACUGAGAGAUGAACCAUUGGUUCUCAGGGUUUCUUAA